CCCAAAAUCAAAAUCUUGAAAAAUCUAGGGUAAGACUAAAGUACCAAACACCGGUCAUAGGAUGAUGAUGUUUGAAACAAAGUCUCGGUUUUUAUGAAUCUUGGUUCCGCACCUUCUUCUUCAUCACCCCCCACUUCAGGUGCUUAUCACACAUACCCAUUUUUAUAUAUAAUAUACACACACAUAUACACACAUACUCUCUCUCUCUCUCUCUCAUGCAAAGAAUCUUGCAUACUCCAAAUCAUUCCACCGAUCUUUCGUAACACAAUUCAAACAACAACAUCAACCCCAAUUCAAGAUUUCAACGAUCUGUCACCUCUACCUCCAUAAAGUUCCAAUUUUUAUCACACCCAAUGCGAUAAAAGGGAUAAUUAUUGAUUGAUGUGAAGAGGGUUUCUUUUGUUUUCUGCUAGGGUUAAGUGAUCUAUGUGGGUUUUCCAAUUUGAGAUCUGGAUGAAAGAUUCUGAAUUUUGGGGUUGAUAAAGAGAUUGAUUUGGGAAAUAUGGAUAUGGAUUAUAAUGGGGAUUCGGGUUUUCUUGACCCGGAAUUGUUGCAGCUGAAUGAAGUCUCUCCUUUGGCUAUUAAGUCAAAUCCUUAUGUUGCUGAGAAGUUGUUUGAGCAAUGGCUUUCGCUUCCUGAAACCACUCUUUUGGUGAAAUCUUUGUUUAACAAUGUUAAAGCGGGCAUUCCGUUAAACGUAUCUGGAUCAGUUUCCAGCCCAAAAGCGUCUUCCGGGAGUCCAGUACCUUCCAUGUUUCCAGCCGGAAGCGCGCCUCCACUUUCACCGAGAAGUUCAUCAUCCGGUUCUCCUCGUAUCACAAAACAGAGGGCGGGCCCAUCUGUACUAGGUUCUCCGUUAAGAGUAAUAAGCGAACCAGUCAAAGAGUUAAUACCUCAGUUUUACUUUCAAAAUGGCCGUCCACCCCCUAAUGACUUAAAAGAACAGUGCUUGUUUAGAUGUAAUCAGUUUUUUUACGGUCAUGCUGACGGACUACAAUUGCACGAGUUCAAACCACUUACAAAGGAAAUUUGCAAACUGCCGUCUUUUUUCUCCACCGCUCUUUUUAAAAAGAUUGAUGUUGCUGGCACUGGCGUAGUGACCAGGGAUGCAUUUGUUGAUUAUUGGGUCAACGGUAACAUGUUGAUAAAAGAUGUUGCAACCCAGAUAUAUACAAUAUUGAAGCAGCCUCACUUGAAAUAUUUAACUCAGGAGGAUUUAAAACCGAUACUACGGGAACUAUUGGCUACUCAUCCAGGUUUGGAGUUCUUACAGAGCACACCCGAAUUUCAGGAGAGAUAUGCUGAAACGGUGAUAUACAGAAUAUUUUUCUACAUGAAUAGAACGGGUGAUGCGCGUCUUACCCUACGGGAACUGAAACGCGGAAAUUUAAUCGCUGCGAUGCAGCACGCUGAUGAAGAAGAGGACAUAAACAAAGUUCUAAAAUAUUUCUCGUAUGAGCACUUCUAUGUAAUUUAUUGCAAGUUUUGGGAGCUGGACACGGAUCACGAUUUCUUGAUCGAUAAAGAGAACCUUAUACGAUACGGUAAUCAUGCACUGACGUACAGAAUCGUUGACAGAAUAUUUUCACAGGUACCACGAAAAUUUACCAGUAAUGUCGAUGGGAAAAUGGGAUAUGAAGAUUUCGUUUAUUUCAUUUUGUCGGAAGAGGAUAAAUCAUCGGAGCCUAGUUUGGAGUAUUGGUUCAAAUGUAUAGAUUUGGAUGGAAACGGUGUGAUUACAAGAAAUGAGAUGCAAUUCUUUUACGAAGAACAGUUGCAUCGGAUGGAAUGUAUGGCCCAAGAGCCCGUUCUUUUUGAGGACAUAUUGUGUCAGAUUGUUGACAUGAUUGGACCAAAGGAUGAGGGGUAUUUUACCCUGCAUGACUUGAAAGGAAGCAAACUUGCUGGAAGCGUUUUCAAUAUCCUUUUCAACCUUAAUAAAUUUAUGGCCUUUGAAACUCGCGAUCCGUUUCUCAUACGUCAGGAGCGUGAGAAUCCAACGUUAACAGAGUGGGACCGGUUUGCUCAUCGAGAGUACAUCAGGCUGUCAAUGGAGGAAGAUGCCGAAGAUGCCUCUAAUGGUAGUGCAGAUGUGUGGGAUGAAUCUCUUGAGGCACCGUUUUGAGUUAUCAUCGGGAAGCGGGUCAUUAAGGUGAAAAUGAAGAAUUCUUUAAUUUUAGUCACGUGAGCAACCGAAGAAUGUGAAGUUUUUUGUGGAUUUAGCGACUAAGUAUGCUAAACCCGUUGGUACACGCAGAAAGUAAGUUUGAUUUUGAAAACGGGCUUUGAAGUUGCAGUUGCAGGCUCAAUGGAAAAAAGUUACUCAGGUACCAUAUAUGGAAGCAUUAGUGUUUUUGGCAACUUAACUUAUUAUUAGCAUUUUCUUUUUAAAUAGUUGUUCCGUUUCGAUCAAUAUAUGCUGGUGUCUUUUUUUUUUUUUUUUAAAUUUAAUUUACAAUCUGUGCAUCAAACGUUAAUGGGAAUAGUCUGGUCUUGGUCUAGUAGCUCAACUUUCAAUAUUUAUUUUCUUAUCUUUGAGACAGUUGCUUUCUGGUA